UGUGUGCUGAGUCUUGCUCUAGUCGAGGUGGUACGGCAUCGCGAGCGGGAGAUGCCCGGAAGCACUGUUGUUCAAAAAAACUUUAAGAGAUGCUCGUAUGCGGACAAAUGUGGUGCUGUGCAACGCUCGAGUGCCAAUGUUGCAUCGGAGAAGCGGGAUGUCCAGACGCAUGUGUAAUAAGUUCCCCUCCGGCAGGGUCAGCUGUAGUUGACACGGCUUUGGAAAGGAAGCAAGGACAGCCCAUCGCGGCAGGCAGUGACGACCGUGGAAGGCUGGAGCAUCUCGGUCAGCUGAAGUUGGUAGAUAAUACCACGUCAGAUUCGAUCAUUCGACAUAGCAAGAAGUCACACAUUGUUUUCUAAGACUGCCCAACGUGUCCAGCCGGUCACUGAUCGGGCCCAUGGUGGUUGGCGUACGG